AUGGAGAAAGAACACGAUAUGGAGGACGGCAAUAACCUUGAGGGCUCCCUAGACGGCAAUGAGGAGGGAUUAACAGGCAUACCACUGCGCGACCUCUACCGUCAAAGGAUAGCCAAAAACCUGAAGGAAACGAAGGCGAACCGGCGGAAGAAAUCGGGCACCAAGUCAGUCAAGAGCCAGUGA